UCUUCGCUCAUAAAUACCCAUCUCCAAGGCGUGUGUCCCCCACACUUAUCCCUCUCCUUCUUUCUCUGCAGCAGAUACUUAUAUAAUUUUUUUUUCCAACCAUGGCAUCUAACCAACCAUCUCUCAAUACUGCCAAAUUUACCACUUCCUCCACAGACCUCGAGCAACAGUCGAAGCUAGAGCUCGAUACCGAGGAAUUUGACUACUCUAAAAGAUCUCAAUGGCUACGUGCGGCUGUCUUAGGAGCAAAUGAUGGGUUGGUCUCAACAGCCUCGUUAAUGAUGGGGGUUGGAGCAGUAAAACAAGACGUAAAGGCCAUGAUACUUACUGGGUUUGCGGGUCUUGUUGCUGGUGCCUGCAGCAUGGCCAUAGGAGAGUUUGUGUCGGUGUACUCACAGUUGGACAUAGAAGUCGCACAAAUGAAAAGAGAUAAGAAGCAGCAUAGAGGGGACAUUGGUGGACAGAGAUCAGAAGAGGAAGAGAGCGAGAGUUUGCCAAACCCCGUGCAAGCUGCGGCAGCAUCAGCACUUGCGUUUUCUGUGGGUGCAUUGGUUCCACUCCUAGCAGCUUCGUUUAUAAAGGAGUAUAAGGUGAGGGUGGGGAUGGUGGUAGGGGCAGUGAGCCUGGCUUUGUUGGUUUUUGGGUGGCUGGGGGCUCUCUUAGGUAAGGUUCCUGCGUUCAAGUCUGUCGUUAGGGUUUUGGUUGGAGGUUUGCUAGCCAUGGCUAUAACCUUUGGGUUGACUAAGUUAAUAGGGUCAAGUGGCCUGUAAUAAUUUAUACCACCAAUCUCCGACUACGUAAAUCAUCUCAAAUAUUACUUGUUUAAUUAAUUAUGCGCAUCAAAAUCAUGUAAUAUGAUCUUCUCACUCUCUCCUGCUCGUUCCCCUGGCCGGCCUUAUAUAUACGUGUGUGUGUAUGUUUCCUCAGCCUCAUGGUAAAAUAUAUAUAAGCUACCGUACUUGUCUCCAAUUUAAUGUUCUUGAUUAAUGAUCAUGUAUAAUUUUCAUUGUAUAAGGUUAUAUAUAUAUACGUAUAUAUAUAGGUGGAGGGGAACCAAACUUGGAUCAAUAU